GCGUCACUAGCUCUGGAUUAAGAUAUGAACUCACCUCCCAGACUCGUUCAGUUCUCCUUAAAGGUCUGGAGAGCUCCGAGGAGUCCCCUCCGCGUGCUGCCCAGUGCAUCCUGCAUGCGUCAUGAGCACUGCCGUGUCCUGCCAAGAGCCCAGCUUUGUAGGGGGCCAACGAUACGACUGCCCCUAUUCCGUCCCAACGUCAGCAGAAAGUGUUGACGUUUCCAAGGAAACAGUGGUCUCCUUUUGGACUGCCGGUCCCCUGGACAACACAGUUUGCCUGCACGAGCCGUCUCAGCAUGAAGCAUUCUAUAAUCUGGGCUAUGAGACUGAACCAACCUGGAAUGACCACCUGUCACCUCAGCUGCAAAGGAACAAACAGCUGCAAGACACCUUGCUGCAAAGGGAGGAAGAACUAGCAAGGCUCCAGGAGGAAAACAACAAACUGAAAGAAUUCUUGAAUUCUUCAGUAGUGAAAUGCUUAGAAGCCAAAGCCAAGAAGUUGCUUUCUGCUUCGAGGAGCACUGGGGCAAGGAGCAGGAAGAGGAUUCAACAGGAUGAUGGAUUCACAUCCAGCCAGCUGCUCUCUGGGACACAUGGCAAACGCACCUGUCGGAACCUCACCCCAGAAGUGGCUGAUACUUUGCCCAUGGACUCCUGGGUCCUACAGACCCUGGGCCUAAAGGAUGAGGACACCAUCGACCCCUCUGCCAACUAUAGCUCCAGCAUCAACCCAGCUGCCAACUUCAGCCCCGAAAUUGACCCUUCUUCUAACUACAGCACUGAUACCAAUCACACUGCCAACUGCAGCUCCCAUCUCAACUCCUCUCCUAACUUCAGGUCCAGCAUCUCCUCCACUCGCUCCUGCUCCAACAUCAACUCCUCUGUAAACUACAUCUCUAACAUCAACCCCCCUAACCCCAGCCCUAGUAUUGACCCUUCUGCUAAUUCCAGCCCCAGUAUCGACCUCUCUGCUAACCCCAACUCUGACUGUACUGCCCCCCUGUUUGCCCAUUUGGCCGAUGUGCUGCAGCUGCCUGACCCGCUGGACCUCCGCCCCCGAUUGUCCUCUCUGCCGGAGCUGCCCUGUGACAUGGAGACAGUGCAACACCAUGCCCCAGCAGCACACUGCCUGGAGUCUGACUGCUCGCUGCAGACACAGCCCGCCCCUGCGAGCGAGAGCGCCCCACAUUACCUUACCCCCUGCCCCCCUCGGGGCCGGACAGAGGUGGCCUUCAGCAUGUCCCUGGAGCCCCGGAGCAGCGUGAGGACACACAGCUUCUCCCAGGGCCAAGCCUUCGUCUGCAAGGACACGCGCGGGGGCUGGAACUUCACCUGGGUCCCCAAAGACACUUCCUAGACUCAGUACACUGUCCAGCAAGCAUGUCCACCAUGUCUCAAACACUGGAAUACACACAUAGAUAACUACACCGGUACACACAUGUACAUGUAUACACACAUGCCCACACACACUUACUUAGAGAAUUACUGUAGCUGGUUUAUAAUCAUCUUCGUGAAAAUGCAUGAUCAUAACUGUAUGUUUUGUAAACUCAUGCACUAAUACUAGCACACACAUACAAACACACACGCACGCAAACACACACGCAAACGCACACACACACACACGGACAAAAUUGAGCGUAAGCUGUUUACUGAGCAAAGUAGAAAGUGAAGUACAUUAAUUUUUGUGUUUGAUUUUGAAUUUCCACUGACAAUGAACUCUAAUUUUAGUCUCGUUAAUACUGUCGGUCCUCUCUGUAAGAACAUUUACUUUUUGCACUUGAUUGACAUGUGAAUGACAGACUCUAACAAACUGCCUCCUUACACUGAGCUGCCCACAACUGCAAAUAACUUGAUAUUUGUUACUUAAUCAGAUAUAUAAGACUGUAAGUAUUGUAAUUCUGACACUUUUUUAAUAUAUUUCUAGUUUUAUGUUGAAAGUUAACACAGAAUUAUUUUAUAUCUAUCUUUUGUAUUGUAUUAUUGAUCGUAAGUGGUUAAAAGCAAGUAAGAGAGUUGCCUUCUCUGAAGCCUGAACUGUUGUCAUAAAGGAUGCUGCUCAUGGAAUCCUUA